CACACCGUGCAAUAAAGUUGAUGAAACAAGUGAUGAUGGGACAGAUAAACUAACAAAACUUCACAAGAAAACAAAUCCCCUCACCAAGGAACAGAUUCCUCUGGAAAAGUGACAUUAUUUCGGGCUUGAAGCGGAUUGUAAACACUGAAGACAGUGUGAACCCAAAGUGAAGGUUCAAGAUCCCCCUGGCCCAAAAAAAGGAUUUACUCUUGCGUGGAGCUUGACUUGAGUUUCAGAGUUUAUUUUGUCCUCCUCUUGAGCCUAAAGCUGAGGGGGAGGCAAAGCCGUGGCGUCUGCGGAAAUGAAGUACAGCUACCAGUACCCGGUGUCACAGUACACACGCUCCAACACACACUACACUUCCACUCAUUACACACCGUCACACUACUCCAGCAGCUCAUACUCACCUGGCUACUACAGUCCUACAAAGUACAGCCCUACUACACUCCACACACCAUCAUACUACACUCCACCGGCUUACACACCUGCGUACAAGCCCACCUCCACUUACACCCCCAUCUAUAGCAAGCCGUCCCGGCAGAGCAGCUCGGCCCGGACAAGCGUACAGCACACUCCUACUGUAGUCCUCAAACCUGCCCGGGCUGUGCACUUCACAAAUGAUGUUGUAUUCCAGGAUUUAGUCCGACACAGUGAGCUGGAACAAAUCGGUCGGUUUAUGAGGGCGAGGAAAGUGCGUCUGGACACCAUCUUCCAUUCUGGAAUGGCAGCGCUCCAUGAAGCCGUGCUCUCAGGAAACCUGGAGUGUGUGAAGCUUCUGAUAAAAUACGGAGCUGACGUUCAUCAGAGGGACGAGAACGGCUGGACACCACUUCAUAUGGCGUGCAGCGACGGUUAUCCUGAGAUUGCACGGUACAUUCUCUCUCUGGGUGCCAGUGUGGAAGCAGAGAAUGAAAACGGAGAGAAACCAGCAGACCUCAUCGACCCAGACUGCAAAGAACUGCUCAAGCUCUUCGAGACAGGCUGUGUCUAAGUACUGACCCGCAGAAGAACUUGCUAGUUAAAGCUAGUUUUCAAAAAACAUCACUCUCCUGAGCUUCGUAUUUUGUGUGGUUCUCCUGAAUAUUCUGAAUAUUUUGUUUGUUUUUUUGGCUUUUAGCUAGACACAACAUUAUUAUACAGUACAGAGGAACACCAAACCCCGCAUAUCUGUUUGCUUUUAAAGUCAACGUGAAGUGGCUUAACCUUAAGUAUUUCUGAGUGAAACAUGAUAUUGAAUGAGAAGAAAUGAAGAGUGGGACUUUUAUCCAUUGGGAAAAGAGUGGAUUAGGAAAAGUGGGUGUAUAAAGCGCAAUGCAGUCCGAUUUUUGAAGGUUUUCUAAUGUCAGACGAGGUGGAGCAAGUUAUUAAACUUUGAU